AUGUUUUACCUGAGACCAUUCCUUCAGGCCGCCUUACAUUUGCCACUUUCAUUGAACUGUUGCUUACACCACCACCGACUGGGUGGACUGACACCCUCUCCAAUCUCUCCCUCUCUGUGUUGCACUCUCUCUCUGUUUUACUCUCUCUCUCUCUGUUUUACUCUCUCUCUCUCUGUUUUACUCUCUCUCUGUCCUUUGUUUUACUCUCUCUCUCUGUCCUUUUGUUUUACUCUCUCUCUCUCUGUUUUCUCUCUCCUCUGUUUUACUCUCUCUGUCCUUUUGUUUUACUUUCUCCUUCUGUUUUACUCUCUGUCCCUUUGUUUUCCUUUCUCUCUCUCUCUGUCCUUUUGUUUUACUCUCUCUCUCUGUCCUUCUGUUUUACUCUCUCUGUCCUUCUGUUUUACUCUCUCUCUGUCCUUCUGUUUUACUCUCUCUCUGUCCUUCUGUUUUACUCUCUCUGUCCUUCUGUUUUACUCUCUCUGUCCUUCUGUUUUACUCUCUCUGUCCUUCUGUUUUACUCUCUCUGUCCUUCUGUUUUACUCUCUCUCUCUCUCUCUGUCCUUCUGUUUUACUCUCUCUCUCUCUCUGUCCUUCUGUUUUACUCUCUCUCUCUCUCUGUCCUUCUGUUUUACUCUCUCUCUGUCCUUCUGUUUUACUCUCUCUCUCUCUGUCCUUCUGUUUUACUCUCUCUCUCUCUGUCCUUCUGUUUUACUCUCUCUCUCUCUCUCUCUGUCCUUCUGUUUUACUCUCUCUCUCUGUCCUUCUGUUUUACUCUCUCUGUCCUUCUGUUUUACUCUCUCUCUCUGUCCUUCUGUUUUCCUCUCUCUCUCUGUCCUUCUGUUUUACUCUCUCUCUCUCUGUCCUUCUAUGAUUUUCCUCUCAAUUCCUAAUCUGUGGUUAGGGAAUUGGGUAGUGAAGGUCAGAUAUUGGCGAACUGAAGGCUUAUUUCAGUGCAUCCCAAUAUUUUCUUUAGCAUUUGGAUGUCAAACUCAGUUAUUCAUCCUGUACGAUGAUCUUCCAGAACCAUCAUUCAAGGUGAUCAACAAGAUUGUCAGCAAUGCUGUCAAUAUUUGUUCAGUUGCUUAUCUAUUGGUUGGAUUUUUUGGUUACAUUGCCUUUUGCAGUACUGAAAUAACAGGAGAUAUAAUCAAUAUGUUAGCCCCUUCACUUUUUACUGAUAUAAUCAAAAUGGCAUUUGUUUUGUCUAUUGCUGUCACUUUCCCUCUAAUCAUAUUUCCUUGCCGCACAAGUUUGUACACAAUGCUCUUCCCCAGGAGGCCCAAGACGAGUGAUGGGUUUGAGAUGAGCCACCAGAUCCCGGAAUUACACUUCAAACUAAUGACAAUUGCAAUUGUCGUUAUUUCUAUGGUAAUUGGAAUGUCUGUGCCAAAUGCUGGAUCUUUCUCCUUCCCCCUCCCUCUCCUUCCCCCUCCCUCUCCUUCCCCCCCUCCCCCCUCCCUCUCCCUCCCCCUCCUCUCCUUCCCCCUCCCUCUCCCUCUCCGUUUUCCCUCCCUCCUCCCCUCUCCUUUUCCAUCCCUCCUCCCCUUCCGUCCCUCCUUCCAUCUCCCUCCUCCCUCCAUCUUCCCUCUCCUUCCCUGUCUUCCUCUCCUUCCCUGUCUUCCUCUCCUUCCCUGUCUUCCUCUCCUUCCCCGUCUUCCCUCUCCUUCCCCGUCCUCUCCUCCCUCCUUCCCUCCGUCCCCUCUUCCUCCUUCCCACCUCUCCCUCUCCACCUCCAUCCCACCUCUCCCUUUCCUUCUCCCUCUCCUUCCCCUUCCUCCCUCUCCUACUCCACUUUUGGUAUUGGAAUUUAUUCUUGGCUUAAAUGGUGCCACGAUGGGAACAUUAAUCUGUUACAUAAUGCCAGCCCUUUUUUUCCUAAAAGUCAUGUCUGUGACGUCUGAAGGAAAGACUUUAGCCAAGCUAGUGCUUGUCAUGGGCAUCCUUGUUCUGUUGAUUAGCACAUAUACGACCCUAAACUUCCAGGAUAAAAGUCAUCAUGCUGAACAUCAAGAAGAGAAAAGACUUAAGGACAACAUUGCAGCAAAAGAAGCCGUCCAGGAUAUAAUUGCAGCCAAGCAACCACCAAUUGUAGACCAUGAUGUUGCUGUUGAUAAUGGAGUGAACCAUGAAGGAGAAGAUAUUGGAAACCAUGUGGGAGAUGGUCAAGAAAAGGCAAAAGAUAAAGAUGCCCAUAGACAUGAGCCUCCAAUUCCAAAACCACCAGAUGAACUGCCUGAUGUUGACCAAAGCAAUGAGAAACAAAAAGCUGCAGAGGCCAACAAAAAAUUAGAGAAUGAGAAAAAGGAGGAAGCAGCAGCAGCAGCUCUUGUAAAGGCACACGGCAAUGGUCUCAAUGGUGAUGGCCAGGUUGCUAAGGAUGUUGCUAAGGAUGUUGUAAAGGAUGUGGAAAAAAAUAAAUCAAGCAAAGAUGAUGCCAAAAUCAAAAAGCAAGAAGGAGAGAAGAAACAAGAAGAAUUGUUGCAUAAAUUGGAAGAACAACAGCAAGAACAGAAAAAGAUUCUUGAAGAACAACGAGAACUUUUGAAUGAGUUGAAAAAACAUAGAGAAGAAGAACAUAAAGAUAAAAUAGUUGAAAACAAGCCCAAUGAUCAGGAAGGCAGAGGGGUUCCAGUGGCUGAUGUUCAGAGAAAUGCCUUGCCUAAACUGCAGCAAGAGAUUAUUCCUCAGCCAGUUAUUAAUGCAAAUCAAGAACCAAAGGCACCUCAAAACAUAGUCCCUCAGCAAAAUGUUAUUCCCCAGCAAAAUAUUGCCCCUCAGCAAAAUGUUAUGCCUCAGCAAAAUGCUCUGCCUCAACAAAAUAUACCCCUUCAGCAAAAUGUUUUACCCCAGCAAAAUAUGCUACCACAACAGAACAUUUUACCCCAGCAAAAUGUGGUUCCUCAACAAAAUGCUGUACUACAGCAAAAUGUUUUACCCCAGCAAAAUGUGGUUCCUCAACAAAAUAUUGCACCCCAUCAAAAUAUUGUCCCUCAGCAAAAGAUGAUCCCUCAGCAGAAUCCUGUACUCCAACAGAAUAUUGUGGCUCCCCAACAAAAUAUGGCCCUUCAGCAAAAUAUUGUGCCCCAUCAAAAUAUUGUCCCACAGCAAAAGAUGGUCCCUCAGCAGAAUGCUGUACCCCAACAGAAUAUUGUAGCCCCUCAACAAAAUGUUGUUCCCAAACAAAAUGUAGUGCCUCAUCAGAAUAUGAUCCCCCAGAAAAAUUUGGCCACACAACAAAUAUUAAUAUUACAGCAAAAUGCUAUACCCCAGCAGAAUCUAGCAGGACAGCAGAAUAUUCAAGCACAUAAAAAUUUUGUCCCUCAGCAAAAUCCUCUUCAACAGGACAUUGCAGCUAAUUUGGGUUCCCAGCAAGGAAAAACUGUCAAGUUAUUAAAAGAAAUAAAAGCAAAUGUUCCAAAUGUGAUUUUCAACAAUCAAAAGGUUGCAAAAGAGCUACCAUCAGACAAUCAUCCUCAAUCGAAUUUAAUUCAACAGAGAGACCCGGGUAAUUUGAAACUGCAGCCAGUUCCCCAGAAACUAUCUUUCUCUCCACAAGUCCAUAUGGCCGUCCAACCAGAACAGCAGCAACCGCAGCAAGUAGCCCAGGUGAAUAGGCCUGUAGCCAACCAGCAGGGGCGGCAUUUAAUGCUGGAGGAUACAGAGAAGAAAGAAAAAGAGACUAACAAACCCAAUCAGGAGAAAAACAGUCAGGGGGACCAUUUGAACCAGGAACACGGUGUUCGUCACAAGCGAGAUGUGUUGAUGCAGACGAAAGACCAAAAGCAGUUCAAAGAUGAAGGGAAAUCUGAAGACUUGCCUGCUUUUCCUCUGCUUGAUGGAAUUGAUAAAAAAAAUUUCCCGCCAAUCAUUAUGCGUUCAUUGAAAUCUGCAAACAAAGAAGAUAACACUUUUAUACACACACACACUUUCUGUUCUUCAUUAUUUUCCUCUGUUUUUUUUCUUUUUCUCUUUAUCUUUUCUUUUUACUUUUUCUUUAUAUCUUUUUCACUUUUUUCUUUUUCUGUUUUUUUUUUCCCUUUUUUCUCUUUUUUUUCCCCUUUUUUCUCUCUUUUUCCACCUUUUCUCCCCCCCUUUUCUCUUUUUUCUCUUAUUCCCCUUUUUCUCUCCCCUUUUUCCCCCCCAUUUCAUUAA